AUGGAAAAGACUUACGAUAUUGCUGAAAUGGCGGGUUUGGCGCAAAAAGUCCGAAAAGUAGCCAAGUCCGUCCGAGAACUCAAGGCGCUGCAAGACGUAUUCCCGCAGAAUGCAACAACCUUCAGAAAGACCAGCCAUGCCAUGCUGCGUCAUCCCAUGUAUUUUUCAUCUUCCCUUUUCAAUCGGAUCCUUCGUGGAUUAGCGUCUUCUAACUUGACAGAAAUUGAAACACCAUCAAUUGAUGCUGUAUCGAAGGCGGUAGAGGAUAAGAAAGAAAUUAAGCCCCUUGUUAUUCCUGGCCUAACAUCUACACAAACGAGACAGAUUGAAUUAUUUCAACCGAAGUUUUCGGAGAUCCAUGAGCAGCAGAUCGGGGAAGAUGACUGGCCGGCUGUGUGGCCUUGUGAAAACUUUUUCAGCCCUUAUGUUUUCCCGGUUCCCAUUCGUCAGGGCCAUAGUAAGAAUCUAGUGGAGAACGGUGGCCUCUCUCCAGCCAAGUACGCGAACGCGGAGCUCCUUAAAAUUCCCAACUUUCUUCAUCUCACCCCACGCCAUAUUGAAAAGCACUGCAAGGCGCUGCAAAAAUUCACCACCAAGUGGCCCAGCGGUCUCCGCACUGAUGAGGAUGUGGAUCGUAAUUACCCCGUGGAGGUGGUUACGCAUUCCUUUACGAACAGUGCUCCAUCUAUUCGCGACAAGAGGGCGAGACGUGUGACUAUUCGGGUUUCACUUAAGUGCCUGAAUCUGGACGAACGCGGUCGACUGAAGCUUCUGCGACUGGCUAAGGCCUAUGGCUUUGAGCGUGGAAUGGCUCAGUUCUACUCUGACCAGGAUGUUUUGGAACUAACCUCGGAGCGGUGUCCAGCUUCGCAUCAAAAUUACGACUACCUCAUCUACGUUUUUACCGUACUAACCAUGGAAUCGAAGAAACACGAGCCCUGGGAGGAUGAGGAGACGGGUAGUUACUUGGACUUCAAGUGGGAACGCUCCAAACAUCGCAAACGCAUCUCCAACCUCCUCGGGCUUGAAGGUGAUUCCUCUAAAAUGGAUGAUGUGCCCGCCGUGAAGGCCUACCGCGAAGCAUUGGAGGCGAUCUUUCACACCCCCACGGAGGAGAAUACGGGCCCAUGGCAACAUCCCCGGAGGCAGCCGAAGCGGCGUCACUAUCACUGGCCGGAGAUAAAGGAUGUGGUCUUUGAACCCGUAGUCGGCGCCGACGUGCAGGCCAAUUUGGAGGCUUAUGGGUCGGCUGUGAAACGGCUUUACACAGAGAAGACUUCUUAG